AUGUACUCUCAGACCGAGAUAUUGGAGAAAUGGCAAGUCAGACAAAUACCAUACCAAGACAUUAUGAAUGCAAUGUUGGUAUAUCAAAUAUCACAACCAACAUGUUAUGUUUUGGCAUGUGCAAUAUUAGAGACAAUGACAAAGAGAAAGGAUACAAUCGAACCAUUCAUCGCUAGAGGUAUGACGACGCUGGUUGGACAUUAUUUAGCAAGGGAGUUCAAAUCAGAGUAUGCUAAAUUACGAGCCUAUUGGACACAGAUUGCAACUGAAAUCUAUCCCUAUCGAUUUAAAUUCAAUAUGUCACCAUUUGAUCGAAUGUACAUCGAGGUAUACUACCAUAAACGUCAUCAUCUAUGGAUCCCACAAGAAUAUAGAAUCACUCCUCAUAAAAUUUUAAAUGAUAUGCUAUCUGAUGGGGGAGCUCUUUACUUUGGUUUCAUUGCUCCUUGUAAUAUUUUAUGUGGCAAACUUUUAAAUCCCAAAAGAUUGUCAUAUCUCUUUUACAAGCCUGUUGAAUCUACAACAGCACGAUACAUGUUGUAUUCAACGUACACAUCUACUUUAUUGAUGUUCUAUUCAUUCUUUAUACCAGGUGGUAAGGGAAAGUUAUACCUUAUCGGAUCGUUAUUAUUCUCGACUACGCUAAAUUCCUUUUUCACGACAUUGCGAUCACACCAAUUACAAAGUGGUUCUCUUUACAAGGAGUUCAAACAAUUGUAUCAAACUUCACCCAUUAUCAACGGUUCAACCUUUUUUGAUAACCAAAAAUCUAUUUCAAUUGUAAAAGAUAAAUCACAAAUUCUUAAUCACCAUUUUUAA